AGAUUAUCCUGCAGCCACGACGUCGCGACUCUGAAAUGGCGCCAUGCUGGCAGAAAACAGGGCCGAUUUGGGUCAACCCAGCGUGGCGGUUGGCGGCGAGGUCAAGGGGUCGUUGCCCAGACGUUUGUCGCGAGAGGAUGAACGGGCCCUGUCCUUCCAGCAUUUUGCCCUGCCAGCGCCACAGGUGGCGCAAGGUGUGAUGCCGGUGAACAGUCGCUCCACCACUACCUCAGGGAGCUCAUCCUGCAGGGGUGCAGAAGAUGUGAACUGGGAUGAGAUGCUCACUGCUUCGCGUGCUUCUCAACCCGACACCUUGUGUGGAAGUCAGCGUAGCGCACGGUCACAACCGGCGCCUAGUCCUGCUUCAAGACACAGGUGGGAGCCACAGCUCGGUUCUCCCAUCCUUCCGAGGCCUGUGCUCUCCACCGUCUCCACCCGGCCCUUGCGGCGGCCCAGCAGUGCCGCGGCCUUGGACAAAGGACGCCUGGACGAGCUGCUGGCGCAAGCGGAGGCCGUGAAGGACGAGGCGAAGAUGCUGAAGCGUCACAGGCGUUCUUCAGAAGUGGAACCAGACUUGAAACAACUUGUGGAGAUGUUUCCAAAGUUCACAGACACCAGGCUGAAACCCCUCAGCGAGAUCUUUGAACGGACCAAUUCCAUUCGAGCUGCACGGGAAGAGAAACUGGCCGCUGAAACCACUGCGCAGCUAGAGGCAAAACUCCAGGAGGCUGUGAGCUUCUGGGACGUUCCAGGUCGCCAGCGGAAGUGCGGCGUGGCAGGAGCCAUGUCCCCCAUCUCAGAGAAGACGGAGCGGACGGACAAGGCCACACCCAAGAGCGCCACACCCAAGCGAGAGGCUUCGCUUCCAGCGCUUCUAUCCUGGUCAGAGGGGCUUGAAGCUUCAGAGGUGAAGGACCUUGACCUCCCAGAGGAGAUGUUGGCGCCACCCGAGGCUUCACCCCAGCGGAGUGGACAUGACGAGGAGGUUCAUCUUCAUCUUGAGGAAGUUCCACAUCCAAAGGGGGUCCCCAAGGAAGAUGUGAAGCCCUGCAGUUUUGCCCCGGAGCAUGACAUCGCGACGACGACGCCCAAAACACCGCAGGACGAAAUCAAUCCUUCCGACAAAACAGCAGUUUCCGACACGCCUGAGGAACCACCAUCUCCAACGUUGAAAGGGCUCUUGCAAUCCAUGGAAAAGGAUGAGCACUUCACUUGGCUGGCGAGCUUGGGACCUGUCCGACCACUGACAUUGAAGGAGACCUUGCAGGAUAUGGCCAUGACCAUUGCCUCGGUCGAUGCACAGCUCUUGAGCGCUCAUCCACCAUCGCAGCUGGAGGCCAAUGCUCAGCUGCAGCAAGCAUCCAAUCGAGCCGCAGAGGCCCAGGCACAGGCAAUUGUGGCCGGCUGCCCUGCCUGCUUGGUCUUGGUCGCACAGGCAAUGGUCGCCUUCUGCGCUCACUGCAACCGCUGGGUCUCGCAGGCCCAAGCCGAUGCCUUGCGAGGUGCCAAUGCGCGAGAACGACGCGGAAAGGGUGCCAUUGGGGCUGUGAAGGAACUGUUGACGUGGCCGACUCCGUGUGGCGAUGCCCAGGGUGGUCUCACUCCACCUGAGGAGACACCACGAAACGUCAAGGAAACCAUCAAGCCCCUGGAGGAAUCCAUGCAGUUGCAAGCCCGGAGUUUCCCUUAA